AGUAUCCCUCCCGCCCCUGGCUGGUGUUCUGCACCACCCCGCGCCCCGGCCCCGAGUCCCAAUCCCUGCUCUCCAGCCCGGCCCCUGCCCCGCCCCGGCCCAGCCCGGCCCGGCCGCCAUGGAGAGCUGGCCCUGGCCGUCGGGCGGCGCCUGGCUGCUUGUGGCGGCCCGUGCGCUGCUGCAGCUGCUACGCGCGGACCUGCGUCUGGGCCGCCCGCUGCUGGCGGCGCUGGCGCUGCUGGCCGCGCUCGACUGGCUGUGCCAGCGCCUGCUGCCCCCGCUGGCCGCACUUGCCGUGUUGGCCGCCACCGGCUGGAUCGUGUUGUCCCGCCUGGCGCGCCCGCAGCGCCUGCCCGUGGCGACUCGCGCGGUGCUCAUCACCGGCUGUGACUCUGGUUUUGGCAAGGCGACGGCCAAGAAGCUGGAUGUGCUGGGCUUCACAGUGCUGGCCACCGUGUUGGAUUUGAAUAGCCCUGGUGCCCUAGAGCUGCGUGCCUGCUGUUCUCCUCGUUUAAAGCUGCUACAGAUGGACCUGACCAAGCCAGCGGACAUUAGCCGCGUGCUGGAGUUCACCAAGGCCCACACCGCCAGCACUGGUCUGUGGGGCUUGGUCAACAAUGCGGGUCAGAACAUCCUCGUGGCAGAUGCGGAGCUGUCUCCAGUGUCCACAUUCCGCAGCUGCAUGGAGGUGAACUUCUUCGGUACACUCGAGAUGACCAAGGGCCUCUUGCCACUGCUGCGCCAUUCGAGCGGUCGCAUCGUGACUGUGAGCAGCCCGGCAGGAGACAUGCCAUUUCCGUGCUUGGCUGCCUAUGGGACCUCCAAAGCGGCUGUCGCGUUGCUCAUGGACACGUUCAGUUGUGAACUUCUGCCCUGGGGUGUCAAGGUCAGCGUCAUCCAGCCUGCCUGCUUCAAGACAGAGGCAGUGAAAGACAUGGACCAGUGGGAAGAGCGCAAGCGGCAGCUGCUGGCCAACCUGCCCCGAGAGCUGCUGCAGGCCUACGGUGAGGACUACAUCGAGCACUUGAACGGGCAGUUCCUGCAUUGUCUGAGCCAAGCACUGCCAGACCUCAGCCCGGUUGUAGAUGCCAUCACCGAUGCGCUGCUGGCGGCUCAACCACGCCGCCGCUAUUACCCAGGCCACGGCCUGGGGCUCAUGUACUUCAUCCACUACUACCUGCCUGAGGGCCUGCGGCGCCGUUUCCUGCAGUCCUUCUUCAUCAGUCCCUAUGUGCCAAGAGCACUGCGGCCUGGCCAGCCCAGCCUUACCUCUGCCCGGGAUGUAGCCCAGGACCCAGGCCCUAAACCGGGCCCUUCCCCCACUGCCCAGUGAGCAGUAUGUGCAUAGAACUGCUCCAGCAGAGGAGAUCCCUUAUGCCCUUGGUCCUCCCCUGGGCAUUCUGACCCACAGGUCUGCCCCAAAGCCUGGCCUAAAGGACCCCAAACCCACCCACUGCCAAUGUCACAGGCCAGGCCUGGUGAGGCUAAGGCUUCCCAGUGAACCUCCGGGCCUCUCCUGCUUCAUGAGCCCAAACAGACCCUCCUGGGCACAAGGCUCCACCAUGCACCUUGGAGAACCCAGCUGGAUGGGGAGUUUAGUGCAAGACUCAGCUGUAGCCUUUGACAGGAUCCUGCAGACAGUGCCUCUGCAAACUAAGGAGUGACUGGGAAGGUUGGGGACCCCCCCUCAGGAUUAUUUCUUGGCACCAGUGCCUCAGUGCUGCGAUUUGAAGGGUGAAUCCCACUGUUUCUUGACUGGCUCAAGAAUUAGGGCCCUGACCACCCACCCCAAGCCCCCCAAGCCACAGGGAGGCUGCAUAUUCUACUUGCCUGAUUGCCACUUUUUGAAUAAAGACAAAUUUUUAUUUCUCCUAGAAUGGGGGAGAUGCUAUGUUCGCCUAGGUGACAGGCUGUGGCUGUGAAACAGACGGGGCACCGCCUGGGGGCCGAGGCUCUGGGCACAGACUGGUUUAUACCCAACCCCCUUCAACAACCUUGGGC